AUCCAACCAUUGCAUAAGUUUAGCUCCUGUUUUUUGAUCAGGGAAUUUCGGUUUGAAUUAUUGCCGGUUUUAGAGUUGAAAUUUGAUUCAAAAAAGAGUGAAAACAUAAAAUUUUUGUAAAAAUGUUAAAACUUGUGUCUAUUUUUACUGUGCUGUUUGGAAUAAGCGUUGCUUAUACGAUUCCUGCUCAAAAUGCAUUUGCACAUUAUCAACGACCAAUGGCCUACAGAACUGCACAGCGAACAAUGUAUGGAGUUCACUUUCAAAAUCAACAGUUCAGGAAUCAGAGAGUGGCUGCCUUUCCCGGUGAGGCUCAUUUGGAUGAUUGCAAUGAUAAAGAUGUUGUUGCUGCUGAGGAACCCGUUUAUGACCCGAAUGUAGAGAUUUUACCUGAAGCAUUCCCGUCGGAACAGUUUCCAGUCGAGGACGAACCUCAGGCAGAUGUACCAGCGUUUCAUGAACUGGACGCAGAGGAAUCGGUCGCUGAUGAACCCUUGGCCCUCCCUGCUGCACCAGCUGUUGAGUCAGUCCUGAUCCCGGAGAAAAAGGUCAAGAAGGUUCCUGUUCUGGUGGACUCCGUCGAAGAAGAAGUACAAAGUACUCAGGUCGCACGGCGGCGUGGGGCGUCUAGUUCUCCUGUCCCGAAUGCUUAUUUCCCAAUCAACUUUGGAGGUGUUAAGGGUGGAGCUGUAGCCAUUGCCAAUUCGUAUAGUACCGGAAAAAAGGGAACAGCAACCAGUACUGCCACAGCUUACGGAACCCCUGUGACUGCUGAGUUAAGGCGAGGUUCUUCCGUGCAACUGAGAAAGAAACCCGCUAAGCUUCGAGUUCGAUAGCCCUCGAUUGGUGUGCCGUCAUAAUUUAAAUGCUAAAUUUAUGUGCAAUUUAACUUCGUGUGCUUUAAAUGUAAAAAUGAUCACCACAAGUAUUAAUUAAGUAAAUGUAUCAACCCUUCAAUACAUUAUUCAC